UUAUCUCACUGCUGGCCCCCGCAGCUCCUUGGCUGUUGGCGUGAGGGCACUGGGACCUUUCCACAGGGACAAGGAUCACUGCAGUGCUGCUGCUCCAUGCAGGCAGUGCACGAUGCCCUCCCGCUACCCGAGCUUCCGCUGCAGCGUGCCCUGCCUCAUCCUCCUGCUGCAAGCUCUGUUCCUCAGCCGUGCUUUCUUUGCCUUCCCAGGUGCUCCUGUCUCCUACUUCCCACCCAACCUCUACCCAGCAUUUCAAGAUGUCAACCACAUGGUGAUUUUUGGAUUUGGCUUCUUCCUGAUGGUUCUGAGAAGAUAUGGCUUUAGCAGCACUGGAUUCAACUUCUUGCUCGUUGUUCUUGGUGUCCAGUGCUCUUUUCUGGUGGAAGAUUUAUUAAAACUCCUUAGGGUACAGCACAAUGAAUUUGGUAUGCAAAGUCUGGUAAGGGCUGUGGUGAGCAUGACAGCUGUGGUCAUCUCCACUGGGGCUGUCCUGGGGAAGGCCAAUCCUGUGCAGUUAAUUGUGAUGACCCUGGUGGAAUUAAUCAUUUUCCAUGUGAGCAGAUGGAUCAACAGCACAUUCCUGGAGGUCCCAGAGAACCUCACAUUUAUGCACGUGCACCUCUUUGGAGCCUACUUUGGUCUGGCAGUGACCUCCUGCUUCCCUGAGCCUCCCCCAGGGCUGGACAAGAACAGGAGCACCCCAAAGUCAGAGCUGUUCUCCGUGCUGGGCACUGUGUUUGUCUGGGUGUUCUGGCCAAGCUUCAAUUCCAUCCUGCUUGAGUCCAGGUGGGAAGCAGCUCUCAGCACGUGCUUGGCCCUCGCAGUGAGUGCUGUGGCUGCCUUCAUGUUGUCUGCUCUGACCUCCAAGGAUGGCAAAUUCAGAAUGGCUCACAUCCACAGUGCAGUCCUGGCUGGAGGGGUCACCAUCAGUUACACAGCAAAAAUCAUCCAGUACCCUUGGAUUGCCAUGAUUUUGGGGCUGCUUGGCAGUGUCAUCUCCAUCCUGGGAUCUCACUGUCUACAGAGGUGCUUUAAUCCUCCUUUGAAGCUUCAGGAUACUUCUGGAGUUCAUUUCACUUUUGGUUUGCCUGCUGUGCUUGGAGCUGUGGCUGCUGUUCCUCUCCGUGUUGUACGAGAGAUAAAUCAAUGGAGUGAUUUAUCCAGUCUGGGUUAUUUAACCUUUUUUGAAAUUGGUGCCAUCUGCCAGACCAUCAGCACUGCCUUGAUAACAGGUUUGAUUACAGGUUUAAUCUUAAACAUCAAACUGCUUAAAGCUGUGCAUGUCUCAAAGUACUUUGAUGAUCAGUUUUACUGGGAGGUGAGUUUCCAAAUGAUUUCAGACUCCCUGGGGGGAAGUUCAUUUAGCACCUUGAUGAAGAACUCAAUGUACUUGAAUUAAAAACAUGGGGAGAAAAAGGGUUAUUCCUUUUCCCAGCACAUUUUGAUGCACAAACAGUCCCUGGGCACCCUUAGGUGCUGAUGUGAGGCUGUAUCUGAAUGACAGGAAUAAAAAAUGGGUGAAAAGAAGCUUUAAAAUCAGCUUUUCCAUUGGUUUGGGGGAUUUUCCUGUGAUGAUUUGAUGUGUUCUGAU